AUGCCCGACACAACAACAACAACUAGCCCCGGGGAGUAUCUCUUGAUUCGAAAUGCAGCCGAGAAGGAAAGACUGGAAAUGCAGUUCCAGGUGUGGCAGGCCCAUCUCGGAUAUCUGUUGCAUCCCACUAUCAAGACACAUGAGCACAUGCGGAUUGCGGACGUUGGCACGGGCACAGGUGCAUGGCUGCGGGAAGUCGCCAAAACACUACCAGAGACAUGCCAAUUGGAUGGCUUCGACGUCUCCGAUGCUCUCUUCGAUGGCCGACUGAGCCAAGUCCAGAACAUUUCAUUCCGCCUGCAUAAUAUUCUUCGACCGUUCCCCGAGGACCUGGUUGGCAAAUACGACAUUGUCAAUGUCCGACUUUUGGCCGUCGCUCUCUCCUCGGAUGAAUGGGUGCCUGCAGUGCGCAACUUGAUCGCUUUAUUGAAGCCCGGUGGCCGUCUGCAGUGGUCAGAUUGCGCUCCGCAGGAAGGUGUGAUCAAGACACCAUCUGGAGUUACUCCUGUCCAUACAAAGCGCAUGAUGGAGAUGUUCCACAAGAUGCUAGCUGCAUUGGGAAAGACCCCCGAAGUCCACCGCUUACUAGACAUUUUCCAACAAUGCGGCCUAGUCUCAUGCGAAGAGGAGAUCUUGACGUUUGAGAAGCCAAAAGUUCGGGACGAUCUCAACUUGACCAUCGCCAAUGUGAUGGCGCACGGUCUGGCAGCGGCCUUUGAGUUGCACAAGCUCGAGGGCAUUCAGUCCGAGCAACAAAUCACCGAGAUGCGAGACGGCGUGCUGGACGAUCUUCGUACUACGGAUUGCUUUUUCAGCUAUGACGUCCACGUAGUACUCGGGCAAAAGCCCUUGUGA